GUGAGAUUUAUGAAUGCUUUUGCCACUAUUGUACCAUCAAAGAAUCGUUGUAUACACCGGGAACCAGAACAUUGUAUGACUGGGUUUUUUUUUUAGUCACCAGCGCAGUCUUCCUUUCACUGUCGUCCUUCACAGCCAGGUCAUACUCACACGGUACGCUGUAAAUGCCUAGCUGAAGGCGAGGUGGGCUACUCCUCCGUGUUACACAAUACACAUUGCAAGAACAAGCAGGAAGUACUAGUUGUCUAGGCAGGUUGUACAACAUUGUGUACAGGUUUACCUCAGUUCUCAACAACUAAUCUUUCGCCAUAACGGUUCAGCAACCCAAAGGAGCAUUUACAGAGCUCAUUAGCAUUAGGGCCAUAAGACCAUUUUGCUACUUUACCAUCAAGAGGAAGGGUAUUCGAUCUUAAUUUGAAUUCCAACGAUGCACCCUCAAAGUCAUUGCUAUCAAAGAGAUAUACCUACAAUGUAGGAGCAUUCUUUAUAGUCAUAUAGUUUUAAUUGACGAUUUGCUUUUCCCUUCUUCAAGCCAUUGAGAUGAUGUGAGAUCUCUUAAAACAUUCUUUGUGUUGGCAGCCCAUUACAUGUUAAUAUUAUCAUUGCCAUUACCAAUAUCAGAGAAUAUAUUAUUAUUAUUUCAUAAAAUCCACUUAUUAUCUAAUAAUUAUGGUUUAAGUAUAUUAUAACUACCAAGGCAUCCAUAUCAGGAGUGAGGCUAACCCUUGUGUGGCAAUUUAUAUAUCUGUUUUAGACAACCACAGCAUUGUCAUAAAUUAUUGCAUGAGAUUUAAACAUUUUGAGUUUACAAUACGGUAUAUGUUGUUGUCAACUUUAUACAAUUUAGAAUUAUUGAGCAUACUGCUACUGUUUUCUGGGUUAAAAACAUUUUACCCUUGUGUUCUGUUAAACAUUGAUUGAAAACUGGAAUAUAAAGUGCAUUUAGAAGCAAAUUUUGACCUAUUUGAAUUAUUAUACAAUUUACAGACACAACUUAUUGUGUUUUAUUAUAACUACUGUACUUCAGGAAUAAAGGAAGGUACAUUAUUUUUUAGUGAUCCUCAAAAACCAUAGACGCAAAACAAAUCAGAUUUAGACUGACUAACCGAUGUGGCAAAGAGAAGGGGAGAGAUAAUAAAUGGAUACAAUUAAUAACAUUUAAGUGUCUGCUUGUAGGUAUCUGAUGUCAUUUGUAUCGUAGAAGAAAGAAAAAUAGUCUCAUUCAAAAUGGCCAAUACUCAAGAAAUAUGGUUGCCAGGCACGGAAUGUGUUGCAAAGUAUGAAUUUCGGAAUUCAACAGCAGAUGAUCUUGCAUUUGGUAAAGGAGAAAUCAUUACAAUUGUAGCAUCCACAAAGGAUCCCAAUUGGUACAAAGCAAAGAACAGUAAUGGACGUGUUGGAAUGAUCCCAGCUAAUUUUGUUAAAAAGCGGGAAAGUGUCAAGUUACAUAUGAUGCCAUGGUUUCAUGGUAAAAUAUCAAGAGAAGGUGCUGAAGAGUUAUUGAAGGAAUUAACUGAAGGAUUGUUCCUUGUUAGGGAAAGCGUAAACUUCAAAGGUGACUACGCCCUUUGUGUUUGUGCAGGGGGAAAAGUUGAACAUUACAGAAUUAUCUAUACUGACAACAAGCUGACCAUUGAUGAAGAUGAACAUUUUGAUAACCUAUACCAGUUAGUUGAGCAUUAUGAGAGAGAUGCUGAUGGGCUAUGCUCCAGACUUAUUAAACCAUUGCCCAAGGAAGGAAAGCAAGACUUUUCAGUAGAUAAGGAGUCAUUUGUAAAAUCUGGUUGGUCAAUUGAUAAGCGAAAUAUUAAUAUGGGAUCAACAAUAGGACAUGGAAAUUUUGGGGAUGUAUUAGAAGGUCAUUAUCAAGGUCGUAAAGUUGCCAUCAAGCAACUGAAAGACAACACAUCUGCAGCUCAGACAUUCCUAAAGGAGGCAUCAAUUAUGACAACUCUACGACAUAAGAACCUUGUAUCCUUCCUUGGACUCGUCAUUGGUGAUCCUCUUUACAUUGUACUCGAAUAUAUGUCAAAGGGAAAUCUGGUUGAUUAUCUCAGAUCGAGAGGAAGAUCAGUCAUUACAAAACCAAUACAGUUAAAUUUUGCCAGUGACAUAGCCUCAGGUAUGGCAUAUUUGGAGGAGAAGAACUUAGCCCACCGGGAUCUUGCUGCACGUAACAUCCUAAUUUCAGAAGAAGAUGUUGCCAAAGUUUCUGAUUUUGGUCUGGCAAGGGAUGUCAACUUGAACACAGAGGUUGGCAAAAUUCCUAUCAAAUGGACAGCACCAGAAGCUCUCAGAAAAAAUAAUUUCUCUGUGAAGUCUGAUGUGUGGAGUUACGGAAUUCUCUUGUGGGAAUUAUAUUCAUAUGGCAGGGUUCCAUAUCCUAGAGUUCCUCUCGCCGAGGUGCUGACGCAUGUUGAAAAGGGAUACCGAAUGGAAGCACCAGAAGGCUGUCCGGAAUUUAUCUACAGGAUUAUGCGAGAGACAUGGGAACUAAAUCCACAGAAGCGGCCAUCAUUUAAAACCAUACUGAAGAUAAUAGCGAGCUGUAAAGGUAGUCUAUGAAAGAUAUCAUCAGCAUACUGACAUCUGAUUAGUGACUUGUCUUGCUGACAACUCCACUGGUGAUAUUUGGUACAGAGUGCAUGUUUUUGUUCCAUUGUCUUUGAUUUUUUUAAAGAAAUGUUUGGAAAAGAUAAACUUUGCUGAAAAAUAAUUUGAAGGCUAACACAAUUAGACCGAUUCAGCAAUGUUUGUAGAUAGCCAGUCAUGUGACGUACGGUGGGUGUAACCAUGAAAAACAUUACAGUGCGAUCACGAAAACAACCACCCAUUGUUAACUGACAAAUAAAUGGCAAGGAAAGGCAAUACGAUUGUUCAAAAUAGUGUCUAUUUACUGAUUCUAGCGUUCUUCUUGCAUUGUAUGCUUUGAAAUUUGGCUAGCCUAGAAAAACUUGGCUAGCCUAGAAAUUGUAGCAUGGUUCGCGAGUCGAAGACUCUCGUUCAUACCUAAACAGGCCGUAGAUAUGCAGGGACCUAGGCCUAACAUUUGUCGAAAAAUCUCAAUGUUUGAGGCCAGUAUCCUUUGGAGCAUCAGAAAAUCAUUAAGGAAAAAUUCUCAAGUUCAAUUUCCAAUCAAUUUGGUAUAGUUUACUGGUAUAUCAACCAAGAUUAUUCAUCAUCAUGUGCUUGGUAUAGUUUACUGGCCUAUCAACCGAUUAUUCAUCAUCAUGUGCUUUACCGCACAGGGUGCUGUAGUACAGACCAAACUACCGACAUAUUUUUCCUUGAAAUAUGACUAAGAUUUGCUGUCAUUAUCCCGAUUUCCCUUGGACAACAGUGGCGGAUCCAGGAAUUUGAAAUAGAGGGGCCCAAAGAGGGACUUUCACAGAUGGAAUAUAAUUUUCAUUUUUCUCAUUUUGGGGGAGGGAGCCUGGGCAGGCUCCCCCCCCCCCUUGAAUCCGCCUAUGGACAACCAGUCACACAAAGUUUGUGUGGUGAAUUUUGGGACAUCAACAAUCAACUUUAAGUAACUUAAAUCACAUUCAAAAUAACAAAUACAGCAAAUAUGACGAUUAUUACAACAAUAACAGCCACCUUAGCAAUCUCCAUGUAAACACAGCUGUGCCAGUCCAUUUUUUACAUCCAACACCCAAGUAGGUCACGUGACAGUCAUUACCAAAUCGGUCUAUUAAUGUGUUAUAAAAAUGUUAGCAAAAGAUGUGCUAAAUAUUUAUCUUGUGUAGGUUAUGUCGAAAACACUAAAUGUAACAUUAUUUUGCAGAUGUACAUGUAUUUCCUUAACAAUUGGUUAAGUUAUUCUUUGUAAUCAAAUUUCCAAUGCGGGGUCUAAAUUUAUGAGGACAACAUUGACAAUUUCAUAGUCAUUGUAAAUAUUUAAUAAAUUAUGAUUUUUUUGAGGACCACCAACUGGUAAACUUGCAGUGGAUAGUCCAUAAAGCACCCUCUCGUUACCUGUUGUUACACUUACCCAUAUGGUAGAUCGAGACUGUCAACGAGGAAGGCUACAUGUGGCGUGAUGGAGUUCAAAGAAGGCACAAAAGGGAGAAUUACUUAAAAGCAGGCCAAACAAACUUUGCUGGCAGGUUUAGAGAGUAUAACUUUAAUUAUAUACUCUCUCUGUUAGGCUAAAAAACAUUGAAAAUUAAAUUAGAUUUUUGAAUUGCUUACUUUAAAGUUAUUAGCUUUCAAUUAAACAUUAGUUUUCUUGGCUAUAAACAACAACAAAAUAAUGCUCACUGGAAAAAAUCAUCUGGUUCCUAUAAUGGAGAGUAAAAUAAUUCAGUUAAUAUAUUUUUAACAUAUAUUCUUAGAUUGACUAAUCAAUAUUAAGGAUGUUUGUAGUAAAAUGUAAACCAUGAUAAACUUAAUAUGUGCCCCAUUGGAAGUAGAUAAUUAUAUUAUUCUUUUAAAUGAGCAAUUCAAUUGUUUCAUUGAAUUUUUAAGGGUUUUUUUCCAUUUCACCACAGAUUAUAUAUUUUUACCAGAAAUUUUUCAUCUAAAAUCUUCCAGUCUCCCUUUUUAUAGAGAAAUACAAUGCAAUACCUACUGUAUGGUGAUUUGUUUGUAAUGGAUACUUUUCAUAUCUCCUCUGUAUAGUGAAAUAAUUUCAGAAUGUACAAUUUUUAGAAAGUGGUUAGCCUAUGAACAGUACUGCUUUGAAAUUGUUUAAAACAUGUCCGUGGUAUUAGUUUGGUGAAAGUUAUGUCGUUCUUGUCGGUAAAAUGCAAUUAUUAGUGAUCCUUUUGUAGUAGAAUAGAAAAUCAAAGAGAUAGAAUUCAAAGAGUAUAGAAAUUGAGUAGUAAUAAAUAAAAACAACCAAUGAACAAUCAAUUGUAGUUAAUACAACUCUUUGAAAUAAAAACAUAUAUAUUUGCACAAACUUAAGAAAUGAUAUUGAAAAUGAAAAAAAGAUUAUGUAUAUCAAAUAUAAAUUUACUUUUCUUAAGGUGCCAGAGAGAAGAAGGUGCGAACUUAUAGGGAAAAUGUUAUCUAGGGGCAUUCAAUCACGCUUCCCCAUUACAGAAAGUAAACCAACAAAAGUUUUAUGAGAAUGAAAUGCAUUUUGGAUAGCCUGUUUUUUUUUGUUUUUUUUUACAUAGCAUGUACUCUAGGCUGUCUUUAAGAGGGCCAUCUAUGAUAUUAGCAUAUUAAAAAUAUUUAUUUCUUCAAAUAUUUAUAUCAUAUUGAUCCUAAAUGGUUACAUGGUUACUUCUAGUAUCAGCAAUUUAUUGUUCCUACUUUUGAUAUUAGGCAUUAAUUGAGCAGUAUUUUAAUGUAUUUUUUUUGCAUAAUUCCAAAAAUAAACUAUAUUUCCAAUAUUUAUUUCAUUUGUAGCUUUAAGUGUGAUAUAAUGCAUUUCCAUUUUCAGUGUUAAAUAUUCCAUAGAUAAGUAACUAAUUCAUUAAGUUCCAUUGCAAUGUUUUCGUUUCAUUCAAAUGCUUUUUAAACUUAAUUUUAUGAAUUUCACCUAUAAUUGAAGGAUAUUUUGCACAAACUAUAUAAAUGGAACAAUUAUUAUUAUUAUUAUUAUUAUUAUUGAGAAGACUUAGGAUGCCACAAUAUGACUUAAAUGUGGUGCCCUCACACUUUUGCACCUUAAUACUUGAGGUUGGUUGUCAAUCUAAUAGUUAGUUUAAAAUAAGCUUCAGUGUUUAAUAUUAAAUAAUACUUAUUUAAAAAAAUGCAUGUCUACUGCUAGCAGUGAUGAAAAUCCAGUGUAUGGACCAAUAGCAGCUCUGUGUGGUUAUUGGGUUAAGAUAAAUGGAGCCAAUGGCUAGAGCUACAUUAGCAGGAUUAAUGUAGGAUGGCAAUUCAUUGUCACGUGAUUAUGUGGGACUAUCACUUAAAAACCUUAUUCUUUGAAAUGUAAUAUACUGUUAAUUUUACUAUACUGUUCAUGUUUUUAAACAGCUUAUUAAUAUUCGGAAUGGUUCUGUGCUGGAUUCACAGUUAUUUUAUAAAAAAAGAAAAAGAAAUUGAACUUCUAACUUAAAUAUUACUUUUUUGUUAUUUUUCCUUAACGCUAAAGUUACAAUUCAGGAAUUAUCUGUGAUCUUUCAUUUGAGACAUCAUAUAAUUAGUACUUGCAAUAUCAACAAUUCCAAGGUAUGAGAGAAGCUCUUAAUUAUUAAUGAGAGAGCAUCUAGAAUUCACAAGCUAACAAUAUAAUAAUUGGCCUCCAGAACAAAUCUGUACAGAAAAUGUGUAUAAAGAGUGUUCUUCAUUGUGUUGUGUAUGCAUUGAAAAAAAAAGUUUCAGAAAGGUACAUCUCAUUUUAUAUUAUAUGUUUUUAUAUAACUAUGUAUUUAGUACUGCAAAUAAAUCAGCCUGACAAUGAA